AUGUCCAAAGAUGCUCUAUUUGAUCGAAUCGAGGAGCUGGAAGCACAGCUUAGAGCUGCGGAGAGAUCGUCACCUCCGCGACCAUACGACCAUAGUCCUGACCCGAAGUGGGAUCCUCUGAACAUCUCGAUUUCCGAUCAACUUCAUCCAGACCCCUUGAAAAUUCCCUUCUUCUCCAAUCAAUCACUGGCUCAGGAGAUGAACCAAAUUUUCGAAGAUAGUGUUCUGAGCACCCUCGCCGCGCAUUCUCCCAGUAGAGAAUACACGCGAGCAGACGCCUCGAAGGAUGCAGAGCUUGGUCCAUUCUUUACUCAAUCCGAGGGAGGAAUGUUCAUUAAGGCCUAUUUAGAGACUAUGCAUAACCAGCUACCAUUCGCAGAUACCAUGGAGCUAUAUAAUACCCACGACGAGCGACUCGGAAGCACCGUGACAUUGGCACCUCAGGAUGCGUCAACCCGAUGGAGGUAUUUCAAGCUCUACAUGGUAUAUGCCAUUGGGGCUGCAACGUGCAGAAUCUCGCAAAAGUCCACGAGUGUGUCUUCCAAAGAUCUUCUGCGCACGGCCUUGAAAUACAAGUCGCCGCUCACGGAACUUCGAUCUCUCCAAAGCAUCGAAGCAAUGCUUUUAUUGACAAUGUAUAACUGUAGAGUCCCUACCAGCUCGAUGGUGAGCAGCAUGGUUAGCGCAGCGAUGCGAACAGCAAUCACCCUUGGCCUCCACCGAGAAGCUGGGUACACCCACCUCAAACCGGAGGAGUCGCGGCGACAAAGAAGACUGUUCUGGAGUGUCUAUCUAAUGGACCGCAGCAUCGCGAGACUCCUCGACCGGCCUUUCACUAUUGGAGAACAUGAAAUCGAUGUGAGGCUUCCUGACUACGAGGAGCCCUCUCAGACCUUCCGUAGUAGACAGUCAUUUCUCCGAGAUCGAGGCACUGAUGCCAGCGAAGACGUCUUUCUGCCCAUCAUCAGACUCGUCCGCUUGAAAUCGCAGAUUCAGACAAGGGUCCGUCGCGUCGGUAUGGAGGUAUCCUUGUUGCUGCCGGAGAUCAAUCCAUUAUACAGCGCUCUGAAAGAAUUCAAGAGCUCAUUGAAAUCGAAUCUUUCGCCAAUAGAUAACGACUGGAUUAACCUGCAAUGGCACAAUGGCAUACGGAUCCUUCUGCAGCCUCUUCUCCGCGACCUACCUCCGGACCAUGAGCUGAUUCAGUCAUGCAUGAAGGCAUCAGGGCAGAUGUGCCAGUUCUUCAAAGGCCUUCAUCAGAAAGGAUAUAUGGGCUUCGGAUUUGUUCUCGUAAGCCUCCUUUUCCAGGCUGGGCUCACACUAUGUUAUUGUCUGUUCAAAUCAUCUCAGCCCUGUUCGGCUUCUGUGGCAAACGACUUGGGUGCCUGCUCGUCAGUCUUAUUCGCUGUUGCUGAACGAAACCAGCAGGCCCAGAAGUACCGUGACACCUGGGAAGCCGUCUUAACCAAGGUCAUGGGGCAUCUCGAUGAAGUGUCUAGAACAAACGAAAGGCGGAUGUGGAGCUUCCCUCAAUCCCAUCUUGAGCAUCCUUAUGUUGGAAAUACCGCCGGUGAAAUAGAGGUGCAACCCGCGUACAUGCAAUCCACGGGCGUGGAUGGAAUUGAUCGAAGUUUACACGAGGUUAACUCUUUACUUUUUCCACCACAAGGGACCAUCGUCCCCACUCGAUUACUCGAGCCGUCUUAUCCAGACAUUCUGGAGACUAUCAACGACGCUUACUACGGUAUUCAAAGGGAUGGGAUGAAGCAACCUCUGCGCGAACUUGAAGCGGGAGAUAUCUUGGCCUUUGGCAAGAUGUCCUCUGCUUCUGUCGAUGAAGAAAACAGAUAUGAGUUGCACCCAGGCUUGUUUGACGAGUUAUUUGCAAGUUCUGCAGGAUGA